UCUAUGGGUAUGAUGUAAACAGAAGGGACGGGUUAUUAGUUGAAUGGGAUUUAAUUUUUCUUAAUUCAUAUUAAAGCGGUUCCUGGACGAAUGGAAAGUAAAGUAAUUUUAAAACGUUUAUGAGGAGCUAUUGAGACCUAUAAAAGCCUCAUGGCUGGAGAAAUGACGCCGGGUUGUAGUGGGCAGAAAAAGAAGAACAAACUUUUGAGGCAAGAUUCUAGACGAAAUGGCAAAGAUUCUGGAUCUGAAAGUCAAAAGAUAGCACCAGAAAACAGCUUACACACUACCAGAGGUGGAGUAAGAGUGUACAAAAUUGUGGUACUUGGUGAUGGAGGUGUUGGGAAAUCAGCAGUUACCCUUCAGUUUGUUAGCCAUAGUUUUCUCGAUUACCAUGAUCCUACCAUUGAGGAUUCUUACCAACAGCAAGCUGUAAUAGAUGGUGAACCUGCAUUAUUGGAUAUAUUGGAUACAGCUGGACAGGUUGAGUUUACAGCAAUGCGUGAUCAGUAUAUGCGUUGUGGAGAAGGUUUUUUAAUUUGUUACAGCGUGACUGAUCGACACAGCUUCCAAGAAGCACUUGAAUACAGAAAAUUGAUUCAGAAAGUUCGUGCCAACGAAGACAUACCUCUCGUUCUUAUAGGUAACAAAUUCGAUUUGCAAAUGCAAAGAAAAGUGUCUACAGAGGAGGGUAAGACGUUAGCGAAACAAUUUGGAUGCCCUUUUUAUGAAACGUCAGCGGCAUUGAGGACAUUCGUCGAUGACGCGUUUCACACUCUAGUCAGAGAAAUUAGAGCCAAAGAGAGACAGAAAUUAGGGCUUACAGACGGUUCAAGUAGAAAACCGAGGCGUUUAAGUAAAUGGUGGCGACUUAGAAGUAUUUUAGCUCUUGUUUUUAGACGCAAACGUAACAUUUAGUUAAAAGCGUUUUUUUUUUUAUUGUUUAAUGUUACCGGACGAAAUUGUCCUAAUAUUAAUUGCACAUAGGGUUGCUUCGAUAUUAAAGUUUUGAUAACGAUGUAUUAAAAUGUUCGGAAUUGUUUCCGGUAUUUAUAACUUGCAACAAACACAUUUAGUUUGCUUUUGAUUUCUUUUAUGGACUAUGGUAGAGACAAAACUGAAAACUUUUAAAAGACUUAGGUUGAAAAUAGUGAUUCCGAAACAUUGGCCAUUUUAGCUACGAUAUAUAGUUAAUUAGGUUUCAAUUUUACAUUUUUUUAAACGGAUACCUUAGGUUUAAUUAAUGAGUUAAUGAGCAUCUAGUAUUUAUUCAGUAUGAUAAAAAUUUAGGUGGCGUAUGGUUUAUUUAUUAAAACAAAUAACUUUUUGCUAUUAAUUUAAUGACAAUGAUGACAUUUAUUAAUUAUACAUACAGGACGUUUCACGACAAUGUUAGUUUGAAAGUAUGCAAGGAUGCCAAAAAAAUUUAAAAGCACGUGUAGGAGUAAAGUAUUAGGAAUUUUCUUAUUUUUUGACGAGCGUGAAUUUAUGAUUUUCUUGGUUUCCUAUAUAAUUUUUUCUUUCUAAGUCACUGAGGAAUAGUACCCGAUAUACAUAUUAAUGUAUGUACAGUAAUUGUUCUUGUUGUAAUCAAAUUAACGAGGCAAAAAUUAAAUUAUUGCAAAUUGUGCUUAUUGUAUCAUAAGAGAACAUAGUCAUUAGUAGUAAAUUUGCGCACAUUUUAUUACAUACGAAUGCCUUUAUUUAGCUUUUGCUUAUUUUUUAACUACAAGUUACUUUUUUCUCUAUUGAACAACAUUUAAAGACUGUUUUUAAUUGAACCUGCAAAAUGCAUACAGGGUCGUAGAUAUAUUAGUUGUUUUGCGAGAUAAUAAAAUUAUCAGUUAAUCAAAGGUCUAGGGUCGAUAGAGUAUAAAAAUGGUCGCAAUAGCAACGAGUUUAAUGCUGUCCAACAAACUUUUUAUUUAUUAAUAUUUGUUUCUUACGCUUAGUAUAAUAAUUUAUAAGAUUUAGGAGUGAGAGAGAUUUUCCUAGAAAUGCAUAAGAAUCUAUUAUAAUCUGAAUUAAAAGAGUUAGUACUUAUAUUUACUCAAUAUGAAAUAUAUCGGUAAUAAUGGUAAAAUACAAACAAAUUGUGCCUACCAAAAUAAUUGUAUUUAGUUAACUAUUGGAGUGAUUCUAAAUGUUAUGAAUUAACAGAAUAAGUAUAACGAAUUAAUUUUUUUAAAUAAUUAGU